AGUCUCGUGGGCUCACGCUCAUCAGCCUUGUUGCUUCAAGUAGGUUUAGGAAAGGAAGUUGCCUGGAAAGCGUUCCCCAGUGAGCAGAAAUAAGCUCCUCGACUCUCCCCAUUUUUAAAGCUAGAGAGAGGGAUAUUAAGCUGUUUUUGGGUUUUGGGUGAUAAUUAAUGGCUGCAAUGUUGAAGAUGGUGGUUUUUGCUCUGUUUAUCAUCUCGGUGAGCCUCGGAGGGAAAUGGGUCGGAGCCCAAGUGCACCAUGUGGUCGGAGACGACCGUGGCUGGGAUCCUGCUUCCGACUUAUCAUCCUGGUCCUCCGGUAAAACCUUCAGGGUCGGAGACAAAAUCUGGUUCACGUACUCGUCAGCAAAGGAAAGCAUCGCUGAAGUGAAGAGCAAGGAAGAAUACGAGGCGUGCGAUGUAAGCAACCCUAUCAAGAUGUACACGGACGGCUUGGAGAGCAUUUCGCUGGACGGAGAAGGGGUCCGCUACUUCGCGAGCAGCAAGGCCGAGAGUUGCAGGAAUGGUCUUAAGUUACACGUGGAGGUGCUGCCUCAGGGCGGACCUGAAAAUAUCCCAAAAGUGGCCGCAUCAAAGGGCACAGUUGGAGCUGUAGCUGAUGGGCCCACAACUCCAUCUGGGACAGCCCAUCUUAUGGGGAGCCUUAUCCUCUUAGCCGUUGGAUUUCUUUGCUAUGUUGUAGGUGUUUGAUGGGAUUUUGUAUGUUUUUUUUUUUUAUUAUUUCGGGAUUUUGUAUGUUGUAAUUCUAAAUUUGGGACAACUAUGGAGGUGCUACCUAUUCUCGGUUUGGGAUCUUGCUAUUUAAGGAUUAUUAAUUGAACCGUGCUACGUGCAUGAACAGUUGCAAAAAA